UACUUGACCCGUUAUUCCCACUUGCUCUAUCCAUUAUUAUCAUCAUAUAUAUAUAAUUUAUAUCUUAGCCGCCACCUAAAACCAGCCCAAUGUUUUUGAGUGCUUUACUAGUUUUACAAUAAUUGAUGUUUUUUUACCAGACUCCUUUUUCUACCCUUCUAAGAUAUUUUCUGAAACUUUUAUGGUCAACUGUUUAGCAGAUGAUCCUAUUUUUAUUUGUUCUGGAUUUUCAGUUUCAAUGGGGAGAGGAAGCUAUAACUCAAAAGGCGGUGGAGAUAGUAGCCGGGGAAUAACAAGGCUGAACUCUCAGCUCAGCUUCACUAGGCAAGAAGCUCUCUCUCAAAUAGCAGAGGAAAAUGAGGAUAUUGAAGGGACCAGUAUAGCCAAUGGCCACAGAAAGUCAACACAUUCUUAUGCCAGUGCAAGUAGUUUCGCAAUGGGUUCUUGGGAAGAUAACAACUCUAUAAUGUUCUCUGUCACACCAGGCAAACGAGCCAAGCAGAUUAGCAAUGACAUUGUCAAUGGGCUCGAUGAUGGGGAAACUCAGUUUCAGUUUGGCUUGUCUCAGACAGCACUAGAAAUGGCAUCUAUGGAUAGAUUGCUGCACAUCCCCGAGGAUUCUGUUCCUUGCAAAAUUCGUGCCAAGCGUGGUUGUGCUACUCAUCCUCGCAGCAUUGCAGAAAGGGAAAGAAGAACCAGAAUUAGUGGGAAACUAAAGAAGUUACAAGAUCUUGUUCCAAACAUGGACAAGCAAACGAGCUACGCUGACAUGCUGGAUCUAGCAGUGCAGCACAUUCGAACCCUUCAAGAUCAGGUUCAGAAUCUGGAUACAGAACUUGAAAACUGCAAAUGUGGAUGUAAGAAAUCAAGUCAAUAACAAAAUGGAAGGAAGCACUUUAGCUGAAGAUUGACUUAAAAGGAUUUUUGUCACCGUUGUUUUGCCUCUUAGAAACUCAAAUUUGUACAUAAGGAAGUAAAUUUCAUACUAGUUUUUUAAAGCUAAAAAGUAAACUCUCUUUGUUUUUUUUUCUUCCCUUUUCCAGUUAGAAGACUACGUAUAUGAUUGUUUUGGAUUAUUUCUAGUUUUUUUUUUUUCCAUCUAACAUUUACAUUUUUAAUUUAGUUUUGAGUUUAUUUUGGUUGAAGAUCAUAAAGCUAAUUGAUGAUGUUGUACAA